CCUGCCCCAACAUCCUCAUACAUCUUUAUGCCUACAUCUAGCCUGCAUAUUUAAACAUCAUGUCAUUUCCAAAAAAGCUAAACUUUAUUACCGGGAACAGGAAUAAAUUAGCAGAGGUGAGGGCAAUUAUUGGCAAUGGCGUCGAAAUCGAAAGCCAAGCAAUCGAUGUUCCCGAAAUACAAGGAACAUCAGAAGAAAUCGCCAAGGAAAAGAGCCGACGUGCAGCAGAGGCGAUCGGGGGACCGGUUUUAACGGAGGAUACUGCUCUUGAGUUUCACGCAUUGAGAGGUCUCCCUGGCCCGUACAUCAAACAUUUCCUGGAGGCACUGGGCCAUGAAGGGCUGAAUAAGAUGCUCGAUUCGUUCGACGACCGAACUGCAGAGGCUGUAUGUACAUUUGCCUUCUGCAGCGGUCCUGGAGCAGAGCCUAUCCUAUUUCAAGGAAGAACGGAGGGUGUGAUUGUAAGGGCAAGAGGACCGGCGAAAUUUGGGUGGGAUCCAAUUUUCGAAUAUCAAGGCAAAACAUACGCAGAGAUGGAUAAAGAAGAAAAGAAUCGGAUUUCACACCGAUAUAAAGCCUUGGUCAAGCUGCAGAGUUGGCUCGCCGAGGAGCACGAAAGAGAAGUGUGAUUCCGGAGUGCAGACAUUAGAUUUCAAGAAUGGAAAGAUUUCAAUCCGUACUUUCUGACCGGUUCUUCU